AUGGACUCUCCCGCCGUCACCCGUCUCUUCCGCGAGCUCUUCCGCCGACCGGCAUGUCAAUCACCUAGGAAUUGCACCGCAGCCGCUGCCACCACCACCUCCUCCUCCGUCCCGGCCCUCCGUCCUCGUCGUUCCCGUCACAAUGUCGUGGCCGCGCCGCAAGAACAACAACAACGGCGGCACUACGCCGUCAAGACGACCUCCAACGAAAACGGACCCCGCAACAACGAGUCGAAAUGGCAGCAGCGCACCUCCCUCUUCCCCAGCGAUCGCUCCGACGAGUUCGACACCUACCCGAGGCUGACCGCCGCCGACCUCGCCGCCCGCGCAACCCGUCCGCGCAAGGUCAAGAUGCUCACCCGCGACUUCAUCGAGGACAGCCUGUACAACCCGGCCUACGGCUAUUUCUCCAAACAGGCCGUCAUCUUCUCCCCCGGGCAGCCCUUCGACUUCCCCGCCUUCAAGGACGAGCCCCAGUUCUACCGCGAGCUGGGCCGCCGGUACACCGAGUUCGAGGACGACCUCGACGACCGCGAGGGCCCCAACGACGCCAGACCCCUCUGGCACACACCCACCGAGCUCUUCCGCCCCUACUACGGCGAGGCCAUCGCCCGCUACCUCGUCUCCAACUACCGCCUGACGACCUACCCCUACCACGACCUCAUCAUCUACGAGAUGGGCGCCGGCCGCGGCACCCUCAUGCUCAACAUCCUCGACUACAUCCGCGACCUCGACCCGCAGGUCUACGCCCGCACGCAGUACCGCAUCAUCGAGAUCUCCCCGGCCCUCGCGGCCCUGCAGAAGCACCACCUCCUCUCCACGGCCGAGUCCAGGGGCCACGCCUCCAAGGUCGAGAUCAUCAACAAGUCCAUCUUCGCCUGGUCGGAGCGCGUCCCGUCCCCCUGCUUCUUCGUCGCCAUGGAGGUCUUUGACAACUUCUCCCACGACUGCGUGCGCUACGACCUGGCCACCGAGGAGCCCCUGCAGGGCUCCGUCCUCAUCGACGGUGACAACGACUUCUACGAGUUCUACUCCUCCGACCUCGACCCCGUGCUGGCCCGCUUCCUGCGGGUCCGCGACGCCGCCACGGGCGGCCGCUACCCGACGCCCUACCCGGCCAACCGCGUCCUCCGCAACCUCAAGUCGCGGCUGCCGCUGAUGCCCAACUUGUCGGAGCCCGAGUACGUCCCGACGCGCCUGAUGCAGUUCUUCGACGUGCUGGAGAAGUACUUCCCGGCCCACCGCCUCGUGACGAGUGAUUUCCACUCCCUCCCGGACGCCAUCCCGGGCCUCAACGCGCCCGUCGUCCAGACUCGGUACGAGCGGAAGACGGUGCCCGUCACCACGCCUUUGGUCCACCAGGGGUAUUUUGACAUCAUGUUCCCGACUGACUUCCACGUCAUGGAGACCAUGUACCAGGCCAUCACGGGCAAACUCACGAGGCUCACGUCGCACGGCGACUUCAUGAAGCGCUGGGCCUUCCUCGAAGACACCCAGACGCGCAGCGGGGAGAACCCUCUGCUGAGCUACUACCAGAACGCCAGUGUUUUGGUUACUGUAUAA